UCCUCUUGUGUUUUGUCUCUUCUAUUUUUUACUGUAAACUAUAUACCCAUCUGACCAUCUCUUAAGAAGUUAUCUUUAUUCAGAUAUAUGAAGUAAUAUCUGAAUAACAUGUCUCUUGUGGUUUGCAGGAUCCAAGGGGCUCAAAUUCACAUUUCUACACAGAUCUGAUGGCCCAGGAUGUGGAUGGCGAUUUGGAACUUUCGAUGCAGCCAGAUGCCACUCCAAGUAGUGGUGGGAAAGGAGCAUCCAAGCGGGGCAGCAACUACAGUCAAGAAGAAGAUAUCCAUCUUUGUAAGUCUUGGAUCAAUAUCAGCAAUGACACUAUCGUUGGGACUGACCAGUCAGGCAAAAUGUGCUGGGAGAGGAUAACCGCAUAUUUCCACAACUUCAGGGGCUUCCACUCCGAUCGGACUGCUAAUUCUCUCGAGCAUCGCUGCGGGGUCAUAAUAAAGGAGUGCAUGAGAUUCCAAGCGUACUAUGAGGAAGUUGAGCGGCGUCACCCAAGUGGCGUGCCUUAUCAAGAACAUAUCUUGGAAGCACAAGCAAGAUAUGCCAAAGCUUCGCAGGGAAGAAGCUUCGCAUGCUUCCAUUGCUGGCUCGAGGUGAGACAUACAGAAAAGUUCGCAAAAGCUGACAAGAGGCCAAGUAAGUCAAAAGAGAUCAACCUCUCGGUACGAACUCAACAAGGUGACGGAACCCAAUCUCCUGCGAAGAAAGCCCGACCUCCGGGGCAAAAGCAGUCCAAGGAGAAGCUGAAAAGAAAUGAAGGAGGUGAUGAGUACAAGGAUAUGAUGGGGAACCUGAUGGCAAUCAAGGCCGAGGAAGUGAAGUUGAAGAAGGAAAGGUGGGAAAAGGAUCUAAUGAUUGAACAACGCAAGCUAGACAUCGAGGAGCGACGUCUACAAUGGGAGCAAGAGCAGAAGAUCAUGUUCCGUGACACGAGCAACAUGGACGAGCAUCAAAAAGCUUACAUGUUGGCCAAGAGAGCUCAGUUCGUCAAGGCAGCGAGUGCUAGUGUAGGUGACACAGCUAGUGUAGGUGAUGCUACUAGUGCUUGAGUCAAGGUGCAGGUGUCAUACUAGUGCUUGAGCAUCAAAAAAUGCUAUCAGCAUGCUAUCUGAA